CAAAACCUUUCAAGUUCAACAACUGCGUGCUAUGAACUUUCUAAACCGCCGCCGACCUCGCCGUCGCCGCCACAACCACCACACCUCUAUAAAGGGCUUCUAGUUUUAUAAAAUUAGGGUUGCUUAAUUCCAAUCUCAAGUCUCAACCUGUAUGGCUACUUCGCUUCUAAGCCCUUGCAUUCCUCUUCAAACCCACACCCGACAAUUUCCUAUACCGACCACUAUUUGGGAGCGUCCAAAAGGAAUUGGGGAGAGAUUUGGUGGGUUCAAUGCAAUAAAUCUUUCGCCUGUGGCGGGUAAGUCUGGAAAGAAGAUUAGAGGGAGGUGUAAUUGUAUUUUGGGGGAAACAGAGAGGACCGACAUCACUGAAGCCAGUAAUGCUGUGAAAGAUGAUCAAUUUGUGCAGUUUUUCCGUGAAUCUUGGCCGUACUUUCGUGCCCACAGAGGCAGUACAUUUGUUGUUCUAAUUUCUGCUGAAAUUGUUGAUAGUCCUCAUUUGGAUCCCAUUCUCAUGGAUAUCUCUCUUCUCCAUGGAUUGGGGAUCAAAUUUGUUAUAGUUCCGGGAACCCAUGUGCAAAUUGACAAGCUUUUAGCUGAGAGAGGAAGUGAGCCCAAGUAUGUUGGUCGAUACAGAAUUACAGACUCUAAUUCUCUCGAGGCAUCAAUGGACGCAGCUGGGAGGAUUCGUAUAAUGAUAGAGGCAAAGCUAUCUCCUGGACCCUCCUUAAGUGGCGUCCGUCGUCAUGGCGACAAUAGUCGUUGGCAUGAUGGUGUCAGUGUUGCUAGUGGUAAUUUUCUUGCAGCUAAGAGAAGAGGAGUUGUUGAAGGCAUUGAUUAUGGAGCAACAGGCGAAGUGAAGAAAAUAGAUGUAUCUCGCAUUCAUCAGAGGCUUGAUCAGGAGUGCAUUGUGAUCUUAAGCAAUCUAGCUUAUUCCAGCUCUGGAGAAGUAUUAAAUUGCAACACAUAUGAAGUUGCUACAGCUUGUGCAUUGGCUCUGGGAGCAGAGAAGCUUAUCUGCAUUAUAGAUGGCCCUAUUCAGGAUGAGUGUGGGCGUCUUAUUCGUUUUUUGCCUCUCCAAGAGGCCGACUUGUGGAUUCGCAAGCGAGCUGAGGAAAGCGAUAUAGCCGCUAACUAUGUGAAAGCUGUUGCUCGGGAUGAUCUUACUUGUCUUGAACACAAAGAUACCAAUGGAACUGUCCCUUCUCCAGUGAAUGGGAAUGGUUUUAGAGGUAGAUAUACUGUAAAGUUUCAGAAUGGUGUUGGUUUUGACAAUGGGAAUGGACUAUGGUCUAGUGAACAAGGUUUUGCCAUUGGAGGUCAAGAGAGGCUGAGCCGAUUGAAUGGUUACACCUCAGAAUUGGCUGCUGCCGCCUUUGUUUGCAGAGGAGGGGUUCAGAGAGUUCACCUAUUAGAUGGAACUAUUGGCGGAGUUUUAUUGAAGGAAUUGUUUCAAAGAGAUGGAGUCGGUGGUUUGGAGUUUAAGGUGUCCAACUUCAAGAAGCCUACCCAUCCCUUUGGCAAGAUUAUAAUGUUUGCUCCAAAGUACACCUGCUAG